CACCCUUCUCAAUCCACAAUACAAGACAGGAAGCUUGACCAGAGAAGGUACAGCAGAGGCUGCUUUUUUCUGAUUCUUUGGAGCAUCUAAAUGACUCGGAGAACAGAGUAUUACUUGUGUUCUGAAGCUGGAUAUCUCUUUUGCUUUUAAAUGUGUAUGGUCAUAUUUGCACCGCUUUUUGCCAUCUUUGCAUUUGCAACAUGUGGAGGUUACUCUGGGCAACUGCGGGUUAGUGUGGACUGCGUCAACAGGACUGACAGCAACCUCAGUAUUGGCAUCAACUUUGCCUACCCAUUCAGGUUGAACCGGGUGGAUUUUGAUGUGCCAAUGUGUGGGGGAAGGAGGCAAGAGCGGCUCUACCUGAUCGGAGACUUUUCCUCCUCUGCUGAGUUCUUUGUCACCAUUGCUGUCUUCGCCUUCCUCUAUUCCCUGCUGGCCACUGUGGUCUACAUCUUUUACCAGAACAAGUACCGUGAGAACAACCGUGGACCUCUCAUUGACUUCAUAGUGACGGUGGUGUUCUCAUUUAUGUGGCUGGUGAGCUCAUCUGCCUGGGCAAAAGGUCUUUCAGAUGUAAAGGCAGCGACUGAUCCAGAUGAGGUGAUUCUGCUCAUGUCGGCUUGUAAAGUGCAGGCCAACAAGUGCACCUCAAUAUAUGGACCCAGAUGGUCUGGCCUGAAUACUUCCGUGGUAUUCGGGUAUUUGAACUUCGUGCUGUGGGCUGGAAACAUCUGGUUUGUGUUUAAAGAGACUGGAUGGCACAAGGGUGGUGCAGCGAGGUACCCUGCCUCAUCUGCUGAAAAACAGGGCACUGCCUUCAACCAACAGGUCUACAACGAGGGAAGCGUUGAUCAAUCAGGAGGCACUUUUACUGGAACAGGGGACUUUGGCCAAUCAGAGUACAGCCACAUGGGAAAUUACGCUUCAACUGGGCCCAUCUCCAACACCAAUCAGUAACUCCAGCUGUCUCAUUAUUGGAAUCCCCUUACAGAGGCGACCAAUUUCUAAGGGCAAAGUUCAACAUUUAGCAGAGGAGUAAAUUAACUUAACAUAUAUAUAUUAAACUGCAAUCUUUAUUUCUGAUGAAACAAAAAAACUUAAAGGCUAUCACUUGUCCAGAAUAUGUUUUUUUUUAUUUAUUUUUUUUAUAUAUGAAUGACAGGGGUCCUCAGAUGCACUGUAUGAAUUUUGAAUUAACCUGUCUGUAAAUGUUUCUGAAAUACCACUGUUUUGUCAGUUUUCCGGAUUUCUUAUCCCAUGAAUAAUGUAAUGCCAGUGUUCACUGUGUUUGCAAUAUCUGUCUAAACAAAAUCUGUGGUGCACAUUUAUAUAUGGCUUUCUAAUGUUUGAACUGUGUUGAUGAACUGCAUGAAGUUGUGCCAUGUUAUCCUAGUUUCAAAAAUGUCUGUAUAACAAGGUCCCAUUGUCUAUUCUGGGACCUUUAUUAUGAUCAAAAGGUGAUUAAAAUGCAAGGUAUUAAUCCUUGUAUUGUAAGAAAUACAAUCAACGAUUACAUUCUCUGCCAUAAUAUGUAUUUUCUUCUCCCUCAAAUGCAUUUUUGUUCCUUUUAGCAUGCAUGCUGGUUUAUUAACACAAAGACUAUAAAAAGAAAAACACCCCAAUACAUGUUAUGUUCUUGUUCCAAUUGCUGUUGCAUUUCAAUGUGAAUGGGUUUCUGUCUUGAUAUAUCUGCAUUUUCAAUCAAUGAGUGUGAACGCUUAGAUGCAUUUUGUGCAAUGCCAAUAAAGAUAUUGUACAUUCCU